GCGUGGGGCAGCCCCGGCUCUCAGGACCCGGUUGUUAGGAGCCGAGGCAAGAUGGCGGACGUGCUGAGCGUACUGCGUCAAUACAACAUCCAGAAGAAGGAGAUUGUGGUGAAAGGGGACGAGGUCAUUUUCGGGGAGUUUUCUUGGCCGAAGAAUGUGAAGACGAAUUAUGUGAUCUGGGGGACGGGGAAGGAAGGUCAGCCGAGGGAGUAUUAUACUUUGGAUUCCAUAUUAUUUCUGCUUAACAAUGUGCACCUUUCCCAUCCUGUGUAUGUGCGGCGUGCUGCAACAGAGAAUAUUCCUGUUGUUCGAAGACCAGACAGAAAAGACCUACUUAGCUACCUAAAUGGUGAAACGUCAACAUCUGCAAGUAUAGACAGAAGUGCCCCUCUAGAAAUUGGUUUGCAACGAUCAACGCAAGUAAAAAGAGCAGCUGAAGAAAUAUCAUCAGAACUCAAGAAACCCAGGAUAGAGGAUGAAGAACGUGUGCGACUUGACAAAGAGCGUUUGGCAGCUCGAUUGGAAGGCCAUAAAGAGGGCAUUGUACAGACAGAGCAGAUUAGGUCAUUGUCGGAGGCGAUGUCUGUGGAAAAGAUUGCUGCUAUUAAAGCUAAGAUUAUGGCAAAAAAACGAUCCACUAUCAAGACAGACCUGGAUGAUGACAUUGCAGCUUUGAAGCAAAGAAGUUUUGUAGACUCUGAAGUAGAUGUAACCAGAGAUAUUGUCAGCAGAGAGAGAGUAUGGCGAACGAGAACUACCAUUCUCCAAAGUACUGGCAAAAACUUUUCCAAGAACAUAUUUGCAAUUUUACAAUCGGUAAAAGCUAGGGAAGAAGGACGAGCACCGGAACAGAGACCCCCACAAAACGUAAUACAACCGGACCCAGCACUGCGAAAUAAACAGCCUAUUCCAGCAGCAUACAACAGAUAUGAUCAGGAAAGAUUUGCAAAGAAAGAAGAAACGGAAGGUUUCAAGAUUGAUACAAUGGGCACCUACCAUGGUAUGACACUGAAGUCUGUGACGGAAGGUGCUUCUGCCAGAAAGGCUCAAACCCCUGCUGUUCAACCUGUUCCAAGACCAGUUUCACAGGCAAGGCCACCACCAAAUCAAAAGAAGGGUUCUCGGACUCCUAUCAUUAUUAUUCCAGCAGCUACCACUUCUUUAAUUACCAUGCUGAAUGCAAAAGAUCUCUUGCAGGACUUAAAGUUUUUCCCAUCUGAUGAGAAGAAAAAGCAAGGAUGUCAACGGGAAAAUGAAAUCCUGAUCCAACGGCGAAAGGACCAGUUACAACCAGGAGGAACUGCCAUCAGCGUAACAGUGCCUUAUCGAGUGAUAGACCAACCUCUUAAACUUUUGCCGCAAGACUGGGAUCGUGUUGUGGCAGUUUUUGUGCAAGGAGCUGCAUGGCAGUUCAAAGGAUGGCCAUGGUUAUUGCCUGAUGGAUCACCUGUGGAUAUUUUCGCAAAAAUCAAGGCAUUCCAUCUCAAGUAUGAUGAAAUGCGUCUGGAUCCAAAUGUUCAGAAGUGGGAUGUGACGGUGCUGGAAUUGAGCCACCACAAGCGCCAUCUUGACAGAGCUGUUUUGCUGCGCUUCUGGGAGACUUUGGACAGGUACCUGGUGAAGCACAAAUCCCAUUUGAGAUUCUAAGUUGUCUGAAGCUCUGUGGUUGCUGCCAUUCAUUUCUGAGAGAUUGGAGGAAAUCUACAAGAGACACAUAUAUCUUGGGACUAAACUAUUUCAUUGGCGUGUCUGCGUUUGUCAAAAGCAGUGACAGUAUAUUAUGGGUCAACCUGACAUGUCUUGUACGGGAUACUUAUUGGAAAAUUUUUAUUACAUUGGGGAAUUGAUGUCUGCAACAAUUAGACAUAAACAAUUGUGCUUAUACUACCAGUUUUCCAAUGGUAGAUUGACUUCUAGUCUGCAAACUCAAAUUUGUAUUUUAUUCUAUAGUGAGUGUUUAUAUUUCAUUUUUAUUUUUCAGGCAGCAUUAUUUUUUAAUUUUACUCCAUCCAUUUUCUUUUCCAACUUUCAUUUUAUGGACAAUUGUUUAGUGUAAGCUGCAAAUUGUAUAUCAUCACUGCUGUGGGGUGGGGAUUUCUUCAAACAGUUCUCAGGUAGAAUAAGUGGUAAAACAGCCAUAGAUGACAUAGGUGACUGAUUCCUUUUUUGUUUUUGUAAAAUAUUAUUCCAAAAUUUUACAUGUAAGUACAGUUGCCUUGAGCUGUAAUGGGGCUUGAACAAUCACUUGGUUAUUGUCAAGAAUUUAGGCAAUGCAAGGAAAAAAAAUAAAAAGUCCAUUAUUCCUAUUAUGAAAAAAUUAAUUGGAAGCCCUGAGCUUUAGAGCAUUGACUGAAAGGUAGGUAAUAAUGGCUUGUAACUUUGAAACCUAUCAUAUGUACUUGGCUUUCUAAGCACGAAUGUGAAAAGCUGAUAGCGUACUUUCAAGUUCUGUAACACAAACUUCUUAAAAGUCCAUCUAGUACCGAAAUAGAAAUGAUUAAGAAUCCAGUUGUGCUGCUUGCUGACAUGAGAUAAAUAUAUUACGUAAAGUACCCUUUUGUUGCUGUUUUCAUUACACUUCCAUUAGUUUGCUGAAAGAGUUCACAUUUAUUUCAUUCUUCUUUAGGGAAAAAAGGAAGGGUUUUUUUUUGAGGGCUCAAUCAUCAUUCAUUCAGCCUCAAAUGCAAGCAGUACCAGUAAAACAUAUAUAGAGCUGACGGCAGUGAGCAUUUUUAAAAUUAAUGUCUAGGAUAGCGCUUUCAAAAUUUAAUAUAGCAAAGUUUGGCUCAUUGUGAUACAUAGCAGGAGUCACACUGAUGCAAUGUAUUUAUUUAAAUAGUGAUCAUAAAUAAUAAAUAAAAACUGAUAUAGCAAGCUGAUAGUUGAGCUGGACAAUUACAUAAGGGGAAAUGUAAGUGCUUUAAAGUGAUGCCCACCACAGCAUGGGAUAGUGCCAAAAUGAACAACUCAGUCUAUUUUCCUAAUGUGAAAUUCAGUAUCUUAAGAUAAAAAAAAACUUGAGCACAGCAUCUGAUUUAGCAAAAAAUAUCUAUUCGAAGCUGUUUGUAAUGGCCCGGGGGUAAAAUAAUUUACCUCCCUCAUGCCACACCUAGGCUUACUUUAUGCUGUUAUCUGGUUUGAACUGGAAAGUAGUGUUGUACAUUCUACGAUGUGUUCUGCAGCAAGCAGAGAUCCUGCCGUUUAGGUGGUUGAAACCCAGUCAGAUAGAUGGAUUUUUAGUUUUAACUGCUGGGUUGGAUAACCAGAAAUAGAGUGGCAAUGACACUGAUGCUCGAAAAAAAAAAAUCACAGUUGAAAUAGGAUAAAUGAUAUUUAUUUAUUGAGUGCUAUGCUCUAAAACUUAAGACUAUCUUUGUGUUGAGUAAGUGUAACAGUAUCCAAGGUCAAAUGUCAGUCGUGACAGAGUUGGAGAACAAUGAAUAAUUGUUGUAUCAAUGAUGCUUUCUUUUCAGUGAAGCUUGUAUAAACUGAAUAUUACACUUCUCUUAUUGACCGAAAAAUAGACAAGAACAAAUCCUGCCUACGUAGGUGGAAGGAAAAAUCCAAUUCAUAUCCGAACUAUUCUAUUUUCAAAAAUAGUGUAAAAUCAAACAUUAAAAUUGUCCAUUUAAAUUGGAAUUUGAUAGCGGCUAUAAUGUUGCAAGGUAAAAGCAAAACGAAUUAAUAACAGAGUUGAAUGACUAUGUUCAUUUCAUCAUUAAAUUACCUAUUGUGUUGCCUUCGAUGUAGCCACAGUGAAUAACCCGUUGUCAUUUGGGUGAGCAAUUGUACAAGCUUCAUGAGAAAACAGAUGCCAGAACAGCUUGUGUAAAAUUGCUGACCGAGAGUGGUGGGCUUGGAAAGAAAAUUCACAGCAAUAUUGGGAAGAUGUAACUGUUCUGCACCACCCUGAAGAAUAAAUAGGUUGCAUGCUUCCUGGCAUCACUAUUUGUGAAUAAUUUUCAGUGUCUCACCAGCCUCAAUUUGCUAAUUCACUUUAUAUUUCAUGAUAAAAUUUACUGGUACAUAAUGCAAUGUUCAGUCUACAAUUUCACAAUUAAAAACAACAAUUUCAUCACACACUUGCUCAAAGCGAUUUGACAUCAACAUUACUUCCACAUUGUAAGAGAACCGACUGAAAGUAACAUACUACACCUCAAAGCACACAUCAUAUGAAUUGAAGUUAAUCUAAAUCUUCAUUCCUAUCAUCAUUAUUCAUUGUACCAUCUAAACCUAUGUUGUUGCUGUUUAUCCAGCAAAAAAAAAAGGUUGAUGUCUGCCUUUCUGCAAAGUGUCUGCCAAAAAAAAUGAGAUCGUUGUGUGUGUGUUCAUUAUUUAAUGUAGCUGCUGUAAUGGUUUAGUGAAAUUAAGCUCUUUGGAUCUUAUUGCUAUUAAUGUCAACAAUAUUAAUCUGUUUGCUUUCAACUGUCUCGCACAAUAAUUCAAGUAAUGUGAAGUCAUGGGCUGUAACAUCAGGCAGUGAGGUGAGCUGCUUCUGCUUGGUGGCACAUUGUCUCCUUUUCCCAGUUUUUAAAUUCAAAAAAUUUGUAUAUUUUUUUGCUUUAUUUUGUAGUGAGAGAUAUACAGCAAAAGGCUCUAUUUUCACAAGUAGGGUUUUUUGUACCAAAUGUUACACGUAGGAAACAAACUGUAGCUUUCACAGAAAUGCAUAAAAUUGCAAUAUGUUAAUGCUUUUGUGCAGAUUUCUAAAAUGCCACCCAUUGUAAAAGACUUAUCAGUUAGUUUAUAGUUAGAUCUGUAAUAAGGUCACAUUUGUGCUAUUAUGGUUUAACACAAAUGGAGCUAGAAGCACAAAUUAAAAAUGACCAAAAAUGGAAUAAACUAAAAUACACAUGCACCCUUUGGGAAGGGGAGGUUUUAAAAGAAAUUGGUUUUUAUUAUAUGACAAAUAAAAUGAUGUAAAAUUUAAA